AUGAUAAACCGACAAGAAUCGUUGCUAAGCAACACCGAACGACAGCCUCGCAUCGAGGCCAACGCGAACAACAUCAAACAAGAAUCGAUCGAUUGCGGUGUGACGGCGUGCAGUUGUUGCAAUGGGCCAGGAUGUAUCCGUUUGGGCACCUCGACGAUGUUCGUCCUUUGUCUCUCGUUGGUUGCCUUUGUGAGUGGUGGUAUCGAGAGUUACUUCCGGUUAGCGGCACAUCAGGCCGCCAGUGAGCUGAAUUACGAUCCGAUCGUGCUGGAUUGGUUGUUGGUGACAGCUGGCAUUGCGCAGGGUGUCCUUGCGAUCCUGAUCAGCUACUGGGGUAAUCGGUUUCAUCGUAUCUCGUGGCUUGGGGCAAUAUUUAUGCUGCAAGCGAUCGGGCUAAUAGUGCUGAUCAUACCGACUGUGACGCAUAACUCGGCAGAGAGCAACACCAUCGAUGCGAUCAACAUGAACAAAACGUGUGUUCUGGAGCAAUCGUCCCAGUUGGUGACGGAUCGACCUUAUGCCAUCACGACACUGGUACUAAUGUUCAUCGCUCAGGUACUGAUUGGAUGUGCGAACGUGGUCAUCUACGCCUUAGGCAUUAGCUACCUAGACGACAAUGUCCGGACACAUCACAGUCCGGGGUUGAUAGGGUGUGUGAUUGCGGCACGGAUCUGGGGAGCACAGUUGGGACUAGCGAUCGGUCUGAUCGUUGGAGCAACUUCCCUUGGCUGGUGGCUUGGAUGGGCCAUCGUUGGACCGCUAACAUUCGUCCUUGGGUUUGCCAUCUCGCUGUUCCCGAAACGGUUACUUUCAACGAUGGUACGUCAAGCGGCCAACGACAUUGUAGAGACGGCCAUUACCAAUAGCAUGCAAUCGAUCGCGACCGCUGACAAGUGGCUCGCGGACAUCACACUUUGGGCGAGUGUGAGACGUAUCUUCUCGAACAAGGUGCUCGUUUGCAACGUCCUGGCGCUCGUUUUCAUCCAAACGGGCAUGGUGAACUUCCACGCGCACGAGCAAUCCUACCUACAGUCGCGGUUCUUCCUGCCUACCUCUCAAGCCGACGGUAUAAACGACGAAUGGACGUCGCGGUUGAUCACCAACCUGAUCAGACCCUUUGCGGCAGCAGCGGGCGUCAUUGUUGCGGCGCUUAUCAUCGCAAAUGCGAACCCUUCGGCAAGAAAACUUGCUGGAUGGAACAUAUUUGUCGGUAUACUAGCCACGGGUUUGUUCAUAGCAUACAUCUUCAUCUCGUGUGGAGAAGAACAAAUAGCCGGAGCAUACCGUGGCCGCAAGCUCAUCAAACCCUUCUGCGCAUCGAACUGCGUGUGUGCGGAAAAUGUGCCCUUCACGCCAGUCUGCCCCGUGGACAGCCGAUUCACGUAUUUUUCACCGUGCCACGCCGGAUGUCAGGAUCGAGAAGAAAUAAACAACCUCGUCAUAUACCGCAACUGCUCCUGUGGCGUCGACGUAGAGAUUGUGCUGGAAAGUGGCGGUGAUGCGACCGAAGGCGCUUGUGGAAUCGACGAUUGCCAGCCGUACUGGAUCGUGUUUCAGGUAUUGACGGUGAUCGUAGCCAUGUUGCUUGCCUCGGGCCUUACGGGUAAGGUGCUCAUAACCUUGCGGUCGGUUCUGACGCAAGACAAGGCGAUGGCACUCGCUCUCGAGCUGACGCUAGUUGGGUUGGUGGUGUACCUUCCCGGGAUGGUCAUUUAUCAGGUAGUGGCAACUCAAACGUGCCAGUUUUGGUCCUCCGACGAGCGGCAGUGCUUUCUGCACGAAACACCGGCAUUCGGGAACAUUCUCAACAUGAUUACGGCUGCGUUAAUCAUCGUGGGGCUUAUCUUCGAGAUGGUGGUGUUUUACUUCGUCAAGGAUAUGGCGUUGUACGGCGAGGACGACGUUGGAUUGUUACGUUCUCCGAUUGAGAUGCGCUUCAUGUCACCAGCUCGGACGCAAACCAUGACGGAGAUGGUUCCCUUAAACAACAGGAUGAUCCCGGACACGGUCGAUCGGUCGACGACAUCCGAGUCGAAUGUACAAUCCGCAACAUUGAUCGCCUCAGACGACUCCGGAACACCUUCCGUAGAGACCAUCCAAAACACGCAACCAACCUACGCGGCCCGGUCCGUUUCACCCCUGGCAACGAACUCCAUAGCGUAUGCCGAGGUUGUCCGUCAGCUACCCAGACGGGAGAACUCAAGCGAUGUUGAGGAGCAGCUCGAUUUCCGUUCGGCGACCAGUUUACCUCGAGGGCAAAGCGAUAGCGACGAUGAAAGUGAUUAUCACAGCCAGCUGCAAGCGGCCAGUCCGGAACCGAACAGCGCUUUGCGACGGAAUUACGCACGCAAUGAGGUGUUUUCACCUCGGGCGACUUCACCGGAAAGCAUAAAUGGGCCCGUAAGCCGGCCUAGGAACGAACCCAACCGGCCUAUGAGUCCGGAAACGGACUUUUAAAACGGAGCAGCUGGAUUGCGCUUCCCCAAAAACGAAUACCGGUAUCGGAUGGACCGGCGAUAUAAUAGUAAUAGCAGCAGCAGAUCUCUGCCAACGCUCGGAUAGCGAUUGUUUCGCAAUUACCGAAACUGACAAAAUGAACCGAAAGUGACGCAAAUCGCAACGGCCAUUAUAGUUACAUACAUAUUUAUAUGUGUAUAAAAAUGCAACAAACAAAACAUAGCUUUAGUAGCUACUUAUCAGCUUUUAGUCGGCCCUGCAAUAAAGCAAUUAAGCUUCGAUGAUAUCGCUUAAGACAAAAAAAAGGUU